AAAGGAAACGAUACAUCGAUUGAAAGAACGCGUUGGUGUCUGUUUUGGCCCUGCACAGGAACCGUACUCGGCCAAAACAGAAGAUGGCUUCCACGGAGUCCCAGCCGCGGUUUGGUCAGUCCGUCAAAGGUCUAUUAUCCGAUAAAGUGGGUUCCUGCAGCGGGGAUGUUAUCGCAUUGACUCGCCAAGUACUGAAGGGAUCUCGCAGUCAGGAGGUGAGAGGGUGAAAACAGAUUGAAGUUGGCGCAGACAGCUCGACAAGGUACCUGCUAGCUAACACAGAGACAAACAGCCAACAGUAGUGAUACAGUGAUAUACAGCAAACAUGUUAGUGUGGAUAGAAUUUCGCUUUUUGCUUGUUUUGUUUGUGUUUAUUAUAAUAAGUCAGCCUUUAAAGCGAAUGGAGGCCAGCAGGGGCGCGUCCAAACUGUUUCCACCGGAGUGCCCCAGUUCUUACAGGGGCAAGAUGUGCUGUUAAAUAUUUAGGACCUGCAACUACAACAGUGCUGUCUCUUAUGAUACAACAUGAUACCAGUAAAAAAAAUAAACAAGGUAUACAUUACCUGGUGAGAUACCACAGUAAUAAACUCUGGGCACCCAUAAUAGUUUUAUGAUCUCAGAUUUUCAGUCUUCACAUAGAGUUGGUACCGAUAAGUCAGUGAGUAAACACAGGCAUUUGGCUCAUUGUUAAAAGUAACUCAAGGCAAAAUAAAAAUAAGAUUCUUCCUAAAAUAAUGAUUAGCUAAAAUAAAAUAUUAUCACUUUUUGUUUUUUUUUUUGUAUUGUGUUGAUAAUGGGAAAGGCACAUCCAUUGUUUUGUGAUUGUAAAAGCAGUGGUUUCAGAUGUCCUAUAGUCUUGUAACAAAGAAGUUUAUAAUUCACUGUAAAGAAUGAAAAAAUAGUUUUUUCUAGCUUGCUGUCAAUCUCAGGUCUGACUCCUACUCCUUCAAAACAUUUUUGAGACUUUAAAAGUACUGCAGUGAAAUUAUCAGACAUGUUGCUGAUGUCUCCUUUGAUUUUAUAAGACUUAAUAAGACAUCUGUGUCAGUUUUUAGUCAGUUUCUCAGCCAGUUAAAAACUCCUCUCAGUCUUUAAGUGUGGCCACAGGAAAGUGCAUCUAAAAGAGUGAUCCAUCUCCUUUAUGCUGUUUCUUCUAAGUAAAGUGAUCAACCCUGCCCAUUACAAAUAGACAGUAUGAAUGAACGGUACUGUGAAGUGCCCUGUCGACAGUCUGCAGGACAGAAGAGUUUUAAUCUCUGUGAGGCUUCCCUGGUUAAGUAAAUUAAAAUUAUUACUGAAAUAAGUAAGAAAUACACUGCAGUUUAUUGGGUUUCUAUUUCCAUAACGUCAGAUGCUUGCUUUAAAUCUGUUUGCUGAUAAGCCGAGUGGCCCUCCCCUUUUUAGAGUAGAGGAUGCAAUGUCCAUGAUUCACUUAAAUUCAGAUUUGCCAGACCAGUGGCUGGUUUUCUGCCUUGUCACAGUCCAUCUUAAAAGGCUCAGACCCAGAGAAGACUUCAGUGUUUUUUUUCAUGAUCUAGUUGUAAUCUGCAUUCAUGGAUAUCAUAAAGAGCUGGUCCAGAGCAUACUCUGGGUUUAGAGAGGGGAGAGAGGGAGAUAGAGAUAGAGAAAGAGGGAGAUGGACAGAGGAGAGACUGAUAGAGGGAGAUGAUCUUUGUUUGACUUAUGGAAAAUUUAACUCAACAGGUGUAGCAGUAACAUAGUAGUGAGUAUUCCGAAUAAUGAAGCUAGGAAAAAUAAUGGAGGUUGGAAUUAGAAAAAUUGCAAUAAUGUUUUUUUUUUAUGUCUUCUCCAGCUUCUUGGUCAGGCAGCAAGAAAUAUGGUGAUUCAGGAAGAUGCCAUCCUGCACUCUGAGGAUGUAAGUACCUGUAUACAGUCAGUGAAUACAUUAUAACCACCAAACCACAAGCUACAGCCUUAAAAUAAGAGGGCGAUAAAUAAAUGAACAAAACACUUCCAAGAGAGUCUGAACAAAAUAAAUCCUAAGAUUCCUGUUACUGGUUGUACAAUUCAAACAAUGAUAUAACUCAGAUCUCUUAUAAUUUGUUUUUUUCAGAGUUUGAGAAAAAUGUCAAUAAUCACUACACAUUUGCAGUACCAGUGAGUAUCAUUUAGCUACAAAUACUUGGACCCUUUGUUUAAACUGGAAAUGUAUAUUACAACAGUAUCUCUGUCUGUGUGUCUGUCUGUCUCCCACAUAGACAGGAGGCCAUCCAGAAGAAGUAAGUCUAAACAUGCCUCUCUUUUUAGAUCAGUUGGCAUCACUGUCUGAACUGAAAGCCAUAACACAGAGUGAUGACGUGUUCCGGGCCCUCCUCUGAAUGCUUGUUUCUGUUCUGCAGUGUGGAGCAUUCAAAAAACCUGCAGGACCAGCUGAGACACCUGCUGAAGUGAGGGAGCAUCAGAGGAGUGAACAUUACCCUGUUGUUACACAGUCUGCCCUUUACCAGCAGGACUUUCAGUGGACACAGGCUUUAAGGAUAAUCUGCCUUAUUGAUCCUUUAUAACACACUACUGGCUGGAACAGUGGGAGGCCAUCAUUGUUUAUGUUUUGAUAUUGAUCUGCUUUUGUCAUACUUUUAUGCUCUGAGAAGCUGUGAUAGUAAAAGGCUAAUAAUGAGCUGGUUUUAAAUGACCUGAGUUCUGAUCUUCCAUCAAUUGAAAUAACAUGUUAGCAUUAAGUUGGCUCAUCACAGGACCUCAUUGUGUGAAUAGUUAAGCACACUCUACUUUGUGAAAGGUAAAGCAAUUUACAGUCCACGAAAUCCAAGAAAACUUUUUUUUCUGUGUUUUUAUGUGGCACUUUGAUGGUGCAGGUCCUGGUAUUUGUUCAUGCAGUUGUCCUGAAAGUUCAUGGAAGUUCAUGCACUCAAAAUGUGUUCUGAGAUCCCAGUGUCAGUGUCUUUUCAAAGGAUAGCUAUGAAUCAGGGAGAUAUUUCACUCUCUUGAAGGUUCAAAGAUGAUGGAUUCUGGGAAAGUACUGGCAGAGAUUUAGAAUCCUUGUGGCUCAAGGAUGGAGAGAAUCUUGGCAGUACAAAGAGUAAAAACCUUUCAACACGUGUCAAACUGCCUUAUGUGAUGUAGUUGGCUUUGAGUGUGGCAAGAUUUCACUCAACUGUACUGUGCAAGUGAAGUUACACAACCACUGACUUGAUGCAUUAAAAGGCUGAUUUCUCUGUUUCAGUCUCCAGUGUGUGUCUGUAGUGGAGUCAUUUACUCCUGAAUAGAUCCAAACCGAGAUUGAGAUCUAAAACUGAGCUCCUGAGAUCAGUUUUGGAUCUCUUUGUGCAGAGACCACCAGAUUCUCUGCUUCUUUUAGUGCCAUUAUGAGCUGUAGAUGGUGAAAUCCACUGAAUUGCAAUUACAACAUUACUCUGGAAAUGAUAAGCAGUUUUGUCGCCUAAUCUCCCUUUAUUUGCUGUUUUAUCUUUAUAAAACUUUUUUACUGUUUUGUUGUCUCUGUUACAACUGCUAUGAAACCUGAUACUUGUAUCAACUAAGACCAAAUUUUCAUUUCCAACCUUUGAUUUAUUGUUUUUGCACAUAACAUAUUAAAUAUGUGCCUUGAAUAAUUU